UGGCUCAUAAUCAAUUAAGAAAAUGUUUCGAUUAGUACUGGUAGCAAUUUUGGCUUUUGUAUUUGCCUCUCCAUCAGCUAAUGCUGAUUUGAGCUGGAGGAUCGUUGGAGGUAGCAAAGCCCCAACUGGUGCGUUCCCAUACCAAAUCUCUUUGCGUGGACUCUACGGUAGCCACUCUUGCGGAGGAUCCAUCAUAAAUGACCAAUGGAUCUUGACUGCUGCUCACUGUGUCGUUGGCAAAUCUCCUUCUUCUCUCAAUGUUGUCGUUGGCAGCAACCAAUUGAACCCAGUUGGGAAAGUAUACAAAGUUAGCAAUGCUAUUUUCCACGAAAACUACGACAGCAACUCUAUCGAAAAUGAUGUAGCUGUUAUUAAAUUAGAAGAGCCCCUCACGUUUAGUAAUUCCGUUCAACCAAUUCCAUUGGCGAGCAGCAGUAUUGGGGGUGACGAAGAUUGCGUUUUAAGCGGUUGGGGAAGCACCACUUAUCCUGGAAGCUCUCCAAAUGACUUGCAGUUUAUUAAUUUGAAGACAUUAACCGUUAAGGACUGCCAAGAACGUCAAGCACCGAAUCCAGUUUUCGAUUCCCAAGUCUGCACCUUCACCCAGAGGGGAGAAGGCGCAUGCCACGGUGAUUCUGGUGGUCCAUUGGUCGCUGGUGGAAAGCAAAUUGGUAUCGUCUCUUGGGGACGUCCAUGUGGUAUUGGCUUCCCAGAUGUCUUCACCAGGGUCUACUCUUACUUGGACUGGAUAGAAAAGAACAUCAAGAACUAAAUUAGUUGUCAGAUAAAUUCCAUAUAUCUUAUAUAUAUAUAUAU